GAAAUGUUUCUUAUUGGUUUACUAGCGGCAUGAUGCCACUGGAUAGCCCUUUUAAAGAGAAAAACUAGGAACAGUGCAAAGAGCUGGUUACGGUAGCCUUGUGCUGAGGAAGGGGAUUGCUGUGCACUGUCGGUUGAAAACAAUCAUGAGCGAGAGACAAGGAGCAGGAGCAACAAAUGGAAAAGACAAGGCUGCCGGAGAGAAUGAUGGGCAAAAGAAAGUUGAAGAAGAAUUUGAUAUAGACAUGGAUGCACCAGAGACAGAGAAAGCUGCAGUGGCGAUACAGUCUCAGUUCAGAAAAUUCCAGAAGAAAAAAGCUGGGUCCCAGUCUUAGCCUCUACCUCACUGUUUCCACCAUCACUACAUCCUGGUCUGUCAGGAAAUGAAGAAACAAAUGAAUGAAUAAACAAAUCUAGAUGCAUGUACAGAAAUCUCCACUAUUUAAAAAUUCCACUGACAGAUAUUAAAACAAUUCUGCUUGUUGUGUGGCUUAAUUGCUAUGUUUAUCUGCAGUCUCAUUCCUUCUAUAACUCUACAUUUUACCUGAUGUUAAAAUAAAAUGUUAGGAUGAAGUUACCUUCCACUGUCAACCUUGAUCUGUCUUGUUAUAUUAAACCAUCCAAGCCAGUGCUACAAAUUAAAAA